AAGGUUGUGGUAGGGGAGACUGUGGCUCGACAGCAUAGGAUGGUGGUGUGUAAGAUGACUGAUGGUGGUGGGGAGGAAGAUUAGGAAGACAAAGGCAGAACAGAGAACCAUUAAGGAUAAAGAUGGAAAUAUGUUGACUGGUGCCAGCAGUGUGCUGGAUAGAUGAAAAUAAUACUUUGAGGCAUUGAUGAAUGAGAAAAAUGAGUGAGAAGAGGCAAGUGUGGUGGAACAGGAAGUGGCAAUGAUUAGUAAGGGGGACGUUAGAAAGGCAUUAAAGAGGAUGAAAAAUGGAAAGGCAGUUGGUCCUGAUGACAUUCCUGUGGAGGUAUGGAAGCAUCUAGGAGAGGUGGCUGUGGAGUUUUUGACCAGCUUGUUCAAUAGAAUUCUAGCACGUGAGAAGAUGCUUGAGGAAUGGAGGAAAAGUGUGCUGGUGCCCAUUUUUAAGAACAAGGCUGAUGUGCAGAGCUGUGGGAGCUAUAAGUGAGUAUUUGCGAGCAACAGUAUGGUUUCAUGCCUAGAAAGCGUACCACAGAUGCAUUAUUUGCCUUGAGGAUGUUGAUGGAAAAGUACAGAGAAGGUCAGAAGGAGCUACAUAGUGUCUUUGUAGCUCUAGUGAAAGCCUAGGACAGAGUACCCAGAGAGGAACUGUGGUACUGAAUGCGGAAGUCUGGAGUGGCAGAGAAGUAUGUUAGAAUAAUACAAGCCAUGUACAAGGGCAGCAGAACAGUGGUGAGGUGUGCUGCAGGUGUGACAGACGAAUUUAAGGUGGAGGUGGGACUGCAUCAGGGAUCAGCCCUGAGCCCCUUCCUGUUUGCAGUGGUGAUGGAUAGGCUGACAGAUGAGGUUAGACUGGAAUCCCCGUGGACCAUGAUGUUUGCUGAUGACAUCGUGAUCUGCAGUGAAAGCAGAGAGCAGCUGGAGAAACAGUUAGAAAGAUGGUAGCAUGCACUGGAAAGAAGAGGAAUGAAGAUUAGCCGAAGUAAGACAGAAUACAUGUGCAUAAAUGAGAGGGGUGGUGGGGGAAGAGUGAGACCACAGGGAGAAGAGAUAGCAAGGGUGGAGGACUUUAAAUACUUGGAGGCAAAAUUCCUGAACAAUGGUGAGUGUGAUCAGGAAGUGAAGAAACGGGUCCAAGCAGGUUGGAACGGGUGGAGGAAGAUGUCAGGUGUAUUAUGUGACAGAAGAGUCUCUGGUAGGAUGAGGGGCAACAUUUAUAAAACAGUGGUGAGGCUAGCCAUGAGGUACGGAUUAGAGACAGUGGCACUGAAGAGACAACAGGAAGCAGAGCUGGAGGUGGCGAAAAUGAAGAUGUUGAGGUUCGCUCUCGGAGUGACCAGGUUGGAUAAAAUUAGAAAUGAGCUCAUCAGAGGGACAGCCGAGGUUCGAUGUUUUGGAGACAAAGUUAGAGAGAGCAGACUUUGAUGGUUUGGACAUGUCCAGAGGAGAAAUAGUGGGUAUAUUGGUAGAAGGAGUAUAAGGAUGGAGCUGCCAGGAAAUAGAGCUAGAGGAAGACCAAAGAGAAGGUUGAUGGAUGUCGUGAGGGAAGACAUGAGGGCAGUUGGUGUUCGAGAGGAGGAUGCAGGAGAUAGGCUUACAUGGAAAAGGAUGACGCCCUGUGGCGACCCCUAAAGGGACAAGCAAAAAGAAAAAGAAGUUUAGAUUUUGUUAGUGUGUGUGUGCGUGCGUGUGGUCGCGUUCUCUCGUGUGCGACCAAAAAAAGCCUCCUACAUGAAUUGAAGUUGGUGUAAUACAUUUAAAAAAUAAUUUGCGAUUAAUUGUGUCACGGUUUAAGCGACAUAAGACACUGCGCAUGCGCCAAUAUCUGUUGUUUGCUUGGCAGCCACCCACUCGUGGUGGUGAUGUGAAGGACUAACGGCACUGGCCUAUUGGUUUUCGAAAGGAAGUUAAAAGAUGGUAGUAGUUGUAUUUUGAUGUUUCUCUAUUUCUUCUUAGCGAAGGGUUUGUUUAAACCUCGUUGCGUUUUUUAACCUGAAUGUAACUAGGGGAAAAAACUAGCAGAGGUAUCUAAUGGCAAGCUAACGGGAGCUAGCACCUCUCGCCUGAGCCCCAGCUGAUAUUUGCUAGCUGUAGCAAAGACGAGCAUGAACUGGUGUUAAAGCGCAGCAGUACAAAUAUUGUAUUCUUAGGUUCUCGAAAUGCAACCAUUUAGCCGGUUAACUUGAAAAAGUGCGUAACCAGCUUGAGAUGAGCUAAAUUGAUGUUUGGAUACAACGCGGUAACCACACAACUGCAGAGGAGAUGAGUCAGCUUUGGAGGCGAGACAUACCUUUGUCAGACAAGCUGGCUAAUGACUCUCCAGCAGGCCUUGCACCCAGGGUCCCUGCCACCAUGCUCCCACAGGGGUCAAACUCCUCCUGGAUACCGGAAGCCCCAGUGGUCACACCAGAGCAGCCCAUUUUCCUCAUGACCUCUACUGCCCAAACCAUAUCAGGUUUUUUUGUUUGGACAGCACUCCUGAUCACAUGUCACCAGAUCUACAUGCACCUACGUUACUACAGCUCUCCAAAUGAGCAGAGGCAUAUAGUGAGGAUUCUCUUCAUUGUCCCCAUCUAUGCCUUUGACUCUUGGCUCAGCCUUCUAUUUUUUACCAAUGAGGAGUACUAUGUGUACUUUGACACAGUUAGAGACUGCUACGAAGUGAUUGGGUGGCGACCAGUUCAGGGUGUACCCCGCCUUUUGCCCGAAGAUAGCUGGGAUAGGCUUCAGUACGCCCGCGACCCUAGUGAGGCCUUUGUCAUCUACAACUUCCUCAGUCUGUGUUACGAGUAUCUGGGCGGCGAGAGUGCCAUCAUGGCUGAAAUCAGAGGAAAACCUAUUGAGUCAAGCUGUAUGUAUGGGACCUGUUGUCUGUGGGGUAAGACCUACUCCAUUGGGUUCCUCAGAUUUUGCAAACAGGCCACUCUGCAGUUCUGUGUGGUCAAACCACUAAUGGCAGUCAUCACAGUCAUUCUUCAGGCCUUUGGAAAAUACAAAGAUGGCGAUUUCAAUGUGGCCAGUGGCUACUUGUACGUGACCAUCAUCUACAACAUCUCAGUCAGCCUGUCGCUAUACGCUCUCUUCCUCUUCUACUUUGCUACAAGAGAGCUACUUGUCCCCUACAGCCCUGUCCUCAAGUUCUUUAUGGUCAAGUCCGUCAUCUUCCUGUCCUUCUGGCAGGGAUUGCUGCUGGCCAUCCUAGAGAAGUGUGGUGCCAUUCCUCAGAUAAACUCUGCUGACUUUUCUGUGGGCGAGGGAACAGUUGCUGCUGGUUACCAGAACUUCAUCAUCUGCAUUGAGAUGUUCUUCGCCGCUGUUGCUCUGCGCCAUGCCUUCACUUACAAGGUCUAUAUGGACAAAAGACUGGAUUCGUAUGGCUCAUUUCCUAUCUAUGGACAGUACGGCCGCUGUGCACCAAUGAAGAGCAUCUCCAGCAGCCUGAAGGAGACCAUGAAUCCAGGAGACAUGGUGCAGGAUGCCAUCCAUAACUUCUCACCAGCUUAUCAGCAGUAUACCCAGCAGUCCACCCUGGAGCGGUGUGGAGGCCCAGCUCUCUCUCGCAGCCAUAGUAACCUCAGCACCAGAGGGGACAAUGAGAAGACCCUACUACUCAGCUCUGAUGAUGAGUUCUGAGACUCAAAACCAUCCUCUUGAGUUUCCUGUUCCUCUUGUAGCCCUUAUUUCAGAAGCCAUGGAAGACAACUGAGAUGUUAUCUCUGUUUAGCUGAGAUUCAUGCCUGGUUUAUAAAAUGGUAAGAGCAUGAAAGGAUUGAGAAGUAUAUAUAUAGUUCAGGAAAGAGCUGUGGUAUUUCUAUAUGUUCAUUUGAUGGUAAAGUUGUGACUUUUAUUAUUAACAUCUUAGAGCCUGGAAUCUGUAUUCUUAAUUUGUGUUUGAUUUGCUGUAUGGCUACAUAUAGCCACCUGAUACUGCACUUUAAACCCCACAGCUAAAGCUAGAUGACUGCUAGGUAUAAUGAACUGGAGCUACAAAGUGCCAUCUUCUGACCUGUGGUGGCUAUUAUCAUUUGUCAUGUUGAGUCUUUAUUUGAAUUUUUGCCAAAACCUUGCCAAAUAGAGUAGGAAAGUGUGCUCCUAUUAAUAAUACCCAUUGACAGUUAUAUUGAAGUGAAUCAAGGCUUCAUGUUAAGAUAUAUUAUUUUUUUAAAUGAUGUGUGGCACUAGGUUUGUAUGGAAAAAAAAAACAAAAAAAAAACUGUCAUGGCGUGACUGAAGAUGGUAGCCAGCUAAUGUCUGUGAAUCACCAACGGAUGUGGUUUAGGAGAGAUUUAGUAGGCCAGGAAGAUUGACAGUAGGACAACGUCCACACAGAUUACUGAAACUGCACUGCGGCCCAUCUGUGGUGUGCAGUGGAUUAUAAUCCCACAAUUAAGGUCACUGCAUGCAUCACAGACCAAGCCAACCUUGGCCCCAACUUUCUAAGGCAGCAUUGAGUCAGGAGGUUAGUUAGACAGACAGACAUGCCCGAGAAUAAAGAUGACAGCAUCCAUCCUUCUUUACCACUUACACUUGUUUCUAAAAUAAAAUUACUGCUUUUAUAAUGCAGAGAUUCUGUACAGAAAAAACGGAAAUGCAUCGAGAGCCUCAUGUCAAUUAAUCCCAUGAGGCAACCCAAGAUAACCCGUAAUAUUUUUGCUGUUAUUUCAAGAGAAUAUGAAUAUGGACAUUGUUUGAGUAGACUUCUGUUAACCAGGUGAUGUUAAAUUGUGUUUUUGCACCAGCCAGUAGCCAUUGUGGUUGUGAUUGUAAAUGUUUGAUGGUUGAGCACUGCAGUAAACCCCGAAUGUUGCCUCUAACUGUUGUGUUGUGGCCAAUGCAAACAGUGUAUCGAAUGUAGGCAAAGUGAAGAGAGCCAAAGUGUACAUCUUAAUUCCAAAAUAAUGUGGAGGCCAUGAUCAGUGGGCUCAAAUGAGCAUUUUACAGCUGUGACGACUAUCCCAACUGCAUUUUUGACAUCUCAUGCCCACAAUGAUAAUACAUCAUUUGUUAUGCAGCCUUUCACUGAAUCCUGGUGCUCUUUAACCAUCUUAAUACGAUUUAAGAGACUACUUAAAAUCCUAUAAUUCAACUCGAUUUAUAAAUUAGGACACAUUCCAGAAAGAAAAUGUUGUAAAUAAAAGUUUAAGCACUGAAAAACAUAUGACUUAAAUGGCAUUGCUUCAUAUAGUGCUUUGUUUUACAAUUUCAAUUUUUAUACAUGCCUGUUAAUGUUUGUGUUAUAUACAGUUUAUCCGUAUAUUGAUAGUGUUAUAUCCUUUUAUGCUGUUGGAUUUUCUUAAGUGUUGAAAGGGAAAUAAACGUUUCGACAAAAGCA